CGAAGCCUCUUUUGAAUCUAGUUGGCGGGAGCCGCGGGCUGCGGCUGCGAACUGGCCGGCUAUGGAGUCCGCUUCGGGGAGUGAGGAGACUGAAGGGGGCGCGGCGACCGAGGAGUGCGUGAAUAGAAUCCCGGUGCCAAGACCACCCUCCAUUGAGGAGUUCACCAUAGUGAAGCCCAUUAGCCGCGGUGCCUUCGGGAAAGUGUACCUGGGACAGAAAGGCGGCAAGUUGUACGCAGUGAAGGUUGUCAAAAAAGCAGACAUGAUCAAUAAAAACAUGACUCAUCAGGUACAAGCUGAGAGAGAUGCACUGGCGCUGAGCAAAAGCCCUUUCGUUGUUCAUCUGUAUUACUCACUGCAGUCAGCAAGCAACGUCUACUUGGUAAUGGAAUAUCUUAUUGGUGGAGAUGUCAAGUCUCUCCUACAUAUAUAUGGUUAUUUUGAUGAAGAGAUGGCUAUCAAAUAUAUUUCUGAAGUAGCAUUGGCUUUAGACUACCUGCAUAGACAUGGAAUUAUCCAUAGGGAUUUGAAACCGGACAAUAUGCUUAUUUCCAAUGAGGGUCAUAUUAAGCUGACAGACUUUGGCCUUUCCAGAGUUACUCUGAAUAGAGAUAUCAAUAUGAUGGAUAUUCUUACAACACCAUCAAUGGCUAAACCUAAGCAAGAUUAUUCACGAACCCCAGGACAAGUCUUAUCUCUCAUCAGUUCUUUGGGAUUUUUCACACCAAUUGGGGAAAAAGAUCAAGACUCUACAACCAUGUUUUCAGCCUCUAAGUCUGAGGCACAACUUUCUCAAGGAUUAAUUUGUCCUAUGUCCAUAGAUCAGAAGGACCCUACUUCUAACUCUAGUGGACUACUAAAGUCACGCCUUGAAAGAGUUGCAUCCAAUCUAGAACUACCUGUGAAAUGCCUGACUUCUAACCUACUCCAGUGCAGGAAGAGGCUGGGCACAUCAAGUACUAGCAGUCAGUCUCAUACCAUCGCAUCCAGUGUGGAAUCAGAAUGCCACAGCAGUCCCAAAUGGGAAAAAGACUGCCAGGAAAGUACCAAGUCAUCCGGAUGUACAAUGAUGAGCUGGAAUGCAGUUGAAAUGCUUUAUGCAAAAUCUUCAGAUGCCACUGAGACAAAAACAGAUCUUGAAUUAGCGCUUUCUCCCAUUCAUGACAGUAGUGCCAUUCCUGCCACUGGAAGCCACCAUUUGAACCUCCCUAGAAAAUGCUUCUCCGAGGAAAUCUCUUGUGAAGCGAGAGACCUGGAUAUAAAUGAUGAGAACAUGAUCACUGACAUGAGACAGUCUGGUUUCCCUCAGGCCAACCAGUGGGCUAUAAGGUCUAGUGACAUGUCUGAAGAACACCUUGGUAAAAGAAAUUUUAAAAGAAGUUUUCAAUUGGUUGACUCUAGUCCUUGUCAGGAAAUUAUACAAAGUAAAAAAAACUGUAUAGAGUGUAAGCAUCAUAAGGAAAUAAUAGGUUGCUAUGCAAAUCAAAAUACAGGCAUAACAGCUGAAGUCCAGAAUCUCAGGCUAUCAGCAUACAGAAGUCAGCAAAAUGACUCUGCUAAUAAGGAGAACAUUGUCCCCUAUUUUACUGAUAAACAAACCCCGGAAAAAUUACAUAUACCAAUGAUAGCAAAAAACCUUAUGUCUGAACUAGAUGAAGAUUGUGAUAUGACCAGUAAAAAGGACUGCCUAAGCAGUUCUAAUUUUGUAUGUUCUGAUGAGGAUAGAGCUCCUAAAACUGUCUGCGUGGAUUCAGAUUCAUCUUUUCCUGGAAUUUCUAUGAUGGAAAAUUCACUGGAAAUUCAGGCCUCAGAACCAGAUAAAAGCAACAAAGAAUGCUCUUUUGAAGAAUCAAAUAUUGAAGAUCUACUUGUAUUACCAAAGUGCCAAGAAAACUCCUUGCCAAAAGAUGAUUGUCAUACUUCUCUCCAAGAUAAUAGCCAAACGUUGGCUUCCUCUUCAAAAGCAUUGAAACCAUUAACCUGCAAAACAAAUGCCGUAGCUUUUCGAAGCUUUAACAGUCACAUCAAUGCAUCCUAUAAUUCAGAACCGUCCAAGAUGAGCAUAACUUCUUUAGAUGCUAUGGACAUCUCCUGUGAUUACAGUGGCUCCUACCCCAUGGCUGUGACCCCCACUCAGAAAGGAAGAUCCUGUAUGUCACAUCAGCAGACUCCAGGGAAUCAGGUCAAGUUGGGAACAUCAUACAGAACUCCAAAGAGUGUGAGAAGAGGGGCGGCCCCAGCAGAUGAGGGACGAAUUCUAGGGACUCCAGAUUACCUGGCACCUGAGCUCUUACUGGGUACAGCCCAUGGUCCUGCAGUAGACUGGUGGGCACUUGGAGUCUGCUUGUUUGAAUUUCUAACUGGAAUUCCCCCUUUUAAUGAUGAAACUCCACAACAAGUAUUCCAGAAUAUUUUAAAAAGAGAUAUCCCUUGGCCAGAAGGUGAAGAAAAGUUAUCUGAUCAUGCUCAGAGUGCAAUGGAAAUACUUUUAACCAUUGAUGAUACAAAGAGAGCUGGAAUGAAAGAACUGAAACAUCAUCCUCUCUUCAGUGAAGUGGACUGGGAAAAUCUGCAGCACCAAACAAUGCCUUUUGUACCCCAACCCGAUGAUGAAACAGAUACAUCCUAUUUUGAAGCCAGGAAUAAUGCUCAGCAUCUGACCAUAUCUGGGUUUAGUCUGUAGAACACACAUGUCAUUUUUACCUAACCUUGUGAUAUAGAAUUAGGUUUUAUAAUCACAUGUUCCUUCACACUAGGUUGAUCUAACAGGAUAGAAGUCAUUAUUAUACCUAGGCUAAUGAGCUUUUAAUUACUAAAUACAACAGCUUUUACAGAGUUGAAAUGCAAUAUGUAAUUUAUCUUUACCUUAAACUACAUAUAAAUCACAGCUUUUUUCAUCUUAUUAUCUUAUUUAUUCACUGCACUUUAUGAAGACUAAUGUAUCAGUAACCUAAAACAACACUACUGCUCUCUACAGAGGGAAGGAGCCAUACGCUUGUCUAUAUCUGCUGAUUUCAUUGUUCUGUUCACUUUGGUGUUAAUAUCAAACAAAAAAAGAUGAUUUCAUUUAUUUUUAAUGUAUUUGUACAUGGUUGCCUGCAAAACUGUGAUCUUCGGGCAGUCAUAUAAGAUAAUACAUAACUAUCAAAAUCAUUUGAGCCAGACAUGCUAAUGCAAGCUGGAAGUCCCAAUAUUCAGGAGGCAGACACAACCCAGGAGCAUGACUGUAAUUUCAAGACUAAGGCCAGCCUGGUCCAUCUCUGAGCUGGAGACCAGUCAGGAAUGCAUAGUGAGACCCUGUCUUGCAAAACUUAAAAGGUAGCUGGAAAACUAUUAUUCAGUAGUAUAACUUUGCAGAGUGCAGUCUAGACAAAAGAACUAAGGUUUUAAGGGUUUAGCUUACCUUCCUUGUGAUAGAAUUUUGCUUUUGCUACCUGAUUGCUUUUGAUGCUUCCCUCUACAAUUCCUGUUUGUUUAAGAGUUCUAGAAAGGUUGGAUGUGACACUUUAAGAAAUCUUAAUAUCUUGUUCAGUUUUAAUAGAAAAAAAUAUACUUUACAUCUUAUUUCUAACAUCAAGACAAAUAGUAAUAAUCUACUUUUGUUUAGUAAUUCUAACUAAUGAUUGUCAGCAUCAUUCUUUUCAAAGACUGUACUACGAAUCAGCUCACAAGUCUUAUCUUAAACUAGUUGAGGCUUUUAGCAUUUCCCUAGAAGAGCAAAAUUAAGAUUUAAAUGUAUCAUAGUAAGGUUUUGCUAAUAACCUUUUGCACACUGACUUUAGUGUUUCUACUUUCAUUUCUCAUCUAGUCACAGCCCAGAUAUAACAGUUUGCAAAGAUGAGACAAGUCUAAAUCUAUUACAGUAAAACUGGUGCUGGGUAUGGAAUUCUUGGGUUAAAGGUUUCACUCUGCUGAUUUUAGUAAUGACUACUUAAAUUUUCCAGUCACCUUUUUAAAUAAAAAUAUUCAAAAUACAGUUACUACAACUUUCUUUAAAGUGAGUCACACUUUCAGGUAAUAGCAUAUUCUAUAGGCUAUUUGCUCAAUCUAUCAUCCUUUUAAAGUGUUUUCAAGUAGCAGGGGAAAAAAGCCUUUGAAAUAAAAAAAAAAAAAGGUUAAGGUUAAACAAUUGUGCUAACACAUCAAAAUGCCAUGGGCAGGUUAAUAUUAAGCACUAAUAUACUGGCCAUUAAUAUAAUUACUUUGGAGGCUGGAGGUAGAGAAUACUUACCUAGUGUGCAUAGGACCCUGGGUUCAAUCUCCAGUAACACACACAAAUACCAAUUCCUUUGUAGAAUUAGAAUAAACAGAGCCAGAUUAACAAACUAGGAGUCCAAGGAGGCCUGGCCUCUGAGAGCUCUGGAUCCCAGUUAGUUAAAAAUGAGUCUGUGGAAGCAAACCCCUAGUGGUUUCUUAAAGCAAAUUACUGGGACAGUUGGCUAUAGUAAAGUGAAAUUCUGCUGUGAACUACUGAGAGGUCCUGACCUGCCUGGGCUACAUGAAGAAAGCACUGGACUCUAGACAAAAAAGUAUGUCAGUGGAUGGCUGAAUAGACAGAGAUACAUUUAUUCCAAGAAACAGUGUGCUCUGUAUAAGUACACAGAAGAGAAACAGUUCUUUUCAUAGAUGUAAAAACGUUUUCUUCUACCUUUUGGUUCUCUCAUAAGUUGGCCUGUUUUCAUAGUAGUUGGUGGUGUUUUUUCAUUGAUAGCGAAUCAACACUUUGCACAUUUAUGUUUUAUUUUACCUGUCUGUACAGAAUGUAAAGAAUAAAAAAUUAAAAUUAAAAAAAAGAAUUCUUUCUCCUUUCAUGGUUAUUUAACCUAAGGUUCCAGCAGUGUUGUUUUUGACUGUGAUGGAUUCAAUGAGAAUGGCCCCCAUAAGGCUCAUGUUUGAAUACUUGGUCCCUGGUUGGUGGAACUGUUUGGGAAGAAUAGGAAGUAUGUCACUAAGGGUGAGCGUUAAGGUUUCAAAAGACUCAGGUCACUCCCAGUAUGCUGUCCCUGCUUAUGGUUAAGAUAUGAAUGUUCAGAUGCUGCCUGCUACCUCUGCUCCACCAUCGUGAACUCUACCCCUGAAACCAUAAGCCCCAAAUAAAGUGUUUUUUUAAUAA